CUAUUAUAUACUUGAUGGCGCUGCGAAUCAUCUCGGCGUACCUACUUCAAACUGAUGUUAUAUUAAAAUAUAACCUAUACAGUGCAUCCAGUACAUUUUUCUGUUGAGAGUAGGUUAAAGGGAUCUAACCUAUAAAAAAACCUAUUUAUUUAAUUAUUAUUAUAAAGCAUGAAUCUUUUGCCAAAAACGCACGAAGAAUUCAGUUAUGCAGAGUAUUGGAAUACUUUUUUCAAAAAACGUGGCAAAAAAACGUUUGACUGGUAUGGUGAAUAUCCAGAAUUAUGCGAAAUACUUCUGAAAUAUGUCAAAUUAAAAGAUGACAUUUUAAUUGUUGGUUGUGGAAAUUCUACGCUAAGCAUGUCUUUGUAUGAUGUUGGUUACAAAAGUAUCACUAAUAUUGACAUAUCACAUAUUGUAAUUAAACAAAUGUGUGACAUAAAUAAUAGUACAAGGCCAGAAUUGAUAUAUGAAUAUAUGGACGCUACACAGAUGACAUAUCCUGAUGAGAAAUUCAGUGUAAUUCUUGAUAAAGGUACAUUAGAUGCUUUAAUGCCAGAUACCAAAGAGACAACGAUAUCUACAAUUGAUAGGUAUUUCAAGGAAGUCACACGAGUGUUACGGAAUGGCGGCAGAUAUAUCUGCAUUACAUUGCUACAGGAGCACAUUCUUAGAAAGCUCUUGUCUUACUUUCCUACCUCAGGUUUUAUGUUCCGUAUAUCACGAUGCCAUGAAGCCGAGUCAAAGGCACGUAUGGAGGAGGGCAGUUCGGUUCCAAUUUUUGUGGUCAUUGCCACAAAAUUCAUCAAAUUGUCUCAAACCAUCCUCGAGAUAGCUCUAGUUGAUGGCCCACCUGAACGAUUAUCUUCAACAGAUAACAUGAUAUCUGCUGUAUUAUCCGCCCAACAGUCUGCAUUAGUGUGCAACAGUCUUCAUAAGAAAAGCAUCGCCAAUGUGGGGGAAAUAUCGUUAGACUUAUAUCGUCCUGGUGACAAACAUCCACGAUAUACUGUUUAUGUUCUCGAUCAACCACGUAUACGCGAGGCAAAAACGUACGCUGCUUUCAUCGUACCACAGGGAAAAGAAAUCGAUUGGUUGUUCAGUACAAAAGAAGGACGACAGCAAGUCUUGAAGAGCGCGCAACAAGACAGACUCGCGAUUGUUACUUUGUGCAGAGAACACCAGUUUGAAAAUUGGGAUGCUGUGAAAACCGAAUUGGAAGAUUGCGUUCGUAAUUUAGCACCAGCCGGCCUGUGCGGCAAGAAUGAUAUUCCCUUUCUAUCCUUGGGUUCCGACUUGGGCGUUCGAAUUAUUUGUUACGAAGGAAAGAGCGAUAUCAGUGGGCCAUUCGUUGUUGAAGACGUAGAGAUCGACGGUCAUGAGUUCAGACGACUUAUAUUCUUGAGCAAUCCAUACGUCAUUCAGAGCGAAGCUAGAAUGAAGGAAGCGAAAUCCAGACGUGGUAAAACGAGAAAAAUCGCCGAUCCGGGAUUUUUGGCCUGUGAACAUCACGUACACAUGAGCGCUGGCGUGAGUGCAGUGAUAGACAUAAAAGAACAGGAUGAGAUUAUGAUUGUGGGACUUGGCGGUGGCGGUCUUUGCACAUUUUUACAUCAUUGUUUUCCCAAACUAAAAAUUACUGCAGUCGAAAUAGACAACGUGAUGCUAAAAGUGGCUACUGAGUAUUUCAAUCUCAUUCUUGACGAUAGAAUAAAAAUAGAAAUCACAGAUGGUAUACAAUUUAUUAAAUACGCUGCAACAUCUGAGAAAAAGUAUAAAGCAAUACUUUUCGAUAUCAAUAACAAAGAUGCUACUAUUGGACUGAGUUGUCCGCCGAAGCAAUUUCUCGAAAUGUCAGUGCUGAAAGAAGUUGCAACAUGUUUAACAGAGAACGGUCUUUUUAUCUUGAGUCUUGUCAGCAGAGACGAAAGCUUGAAACAGAAAGUAAUGGACGAUCUGAAUAUGAUAUUCCAAUCGACUGCUAGUUACGCAAUUCAAGGUGAAGUAAACGAGAUCAUUAUGUGUUCCAUAGAGAAACACGAUCCGAAAGAAUGGAGAAAUAGACUCAGGCUCGCUGUCAUUAGCUUAAACAAACAAGCGGCUGCAAGAAAAUUGUCCUCUUUCAAGGAAGCAUCUGAAGUAUCCACGCUUUUAAAGAGCUUAUCUACAGAAUCCUAAUUUUAUUCAAAUACGUUGAUCGUAAUAAGUAAAAUAAAAAGUACAAUAUUUCUGAACACAUCUAUCAAUGUGCUAUGUGUAAUUCGUCCAUGUAAAUUUUAUUUUUAUAUUAAUAGAACAUUAAUAUUUAAAUCAUGAGUAAAUUUGUUCUUAUUUCCAUAUAAAAAGCUACCAUUUUAUUGUCGACAUGUAAUAUAUUUAUUACAUAGAUCGUUCCUGAAUAAUUGUGUUAAUUUAUAUAAGCAGACUUGUUUCUAUAAAAUAUGAAUCUAUCGAUGAUAAGCGACGCGAUAAUCAAUCUUGCGUUGUAUAUUGUUUCUGAAAAUACAGAAAGAAUGUUUAAUCAAUACUCCAAAAUUUUCAUUAAUUAAAGUAAACUUUUGAUUCACUUUGAUUCACUUCAACAUAAUAUAUUCAUUUAUAAAAUCUGAUUUUUACGUAAGCACUCGUUAAUAAGAAAUAAAUACUUCUGUCACACAUCUGUAAAGCAAAUUUUAUUUGAGCAGAUGCCACAGGAAUAUUAUGUACGACAAAUCUUUUGGCAACUUUAUUUCAUUAAUUCAUUAUACGCAACGUGCAUUAUUUUCGUAUUUACAGACGUACACUUUUAAUUACAAGCAAUGUUUAAAAUUCAGGCGGGUGAAUAACAGUCAUUUAUGAUAAUUGACUAAACAUUCAACAGUAGGCGCAAACGAUCUUAUAUAUACUACAUUUCUCCACGCAUACAAAACCUCUUCUUCGCUUUUCACACAUUUCUCUCUAAUGUACAGUAACAAUAAACUCAAUGAUUCUCAUUCGCAAAUGUUUAUACACAUAAAUUUCAAUACUUGACAAUAAAAUUAUAAAUUGAUCUCAAAGUACAGGAACGUGUUCUCUAAAUAAAUAUUUAUAAAUGUAUAAGUAAAAAAUUCAUGAAAAUGUUAUCCUAUAUGACACUUGCAAAGGACGUGCUGCGUAAAAUCAAAUGAUUCAUAUGAGCUUAACGUAAAAUCCAUUUGCGCAUAAUAAAUUAAUAUUGAAGAUAUAAAUAGAAUAUCGAUAUGAGUGAAUAAGCAUUCAUUACUUACAUUAUUUGAUAUCGAGAUUUUAUUUUCAUAUAACUGUUCCCACAUAGGUCGAUUAAAUGAAGUUCAAUGCAUUCCCUGCUUUUUUUUUUUUUGAAAGACAGUAUCUAAA